AUGGGUAGAACUAAGAAGAACCCAAAGAAGAGAGCACUUUCCACAUCAAUGUCUGAAGAUGCCAGUCCACCUAAGAUCAAAGCCAGUAAUCAAGAUGAUGCUAAGAGCUCUAGACGUUCUAAGAAGAAAAUACACUAUCAGGAUAACGAUUCUGACGACUUCCUUUCUGACAACAACAUUAAAGCUAAGAAACCUGGUCCUCCUCAACAGCCAACCCGCAAGAAGCCAGGCCGUCCAUCAAAGAAGGGCCAGGCAAUCAGAACUGAUCCACUUCCUGAUCAAGAUACUGUCAUGUCUUCCCAAUUUCUUCAGCCUCUCACACCUCCCCAGAAGGCCAACAAGAAGGAUCCAAAUGCUAACGAGUACACUCCACGUACUGCGCAGGCUGUCCGGUUCAGCAUGCAAAUACCUAUCUGGCAGAUUGAAGUGUCUCAUAUACCAAAGAAACAGCCACGUCACAGAACCACAGAGUCACCAGAUAUGAGGCCACUGAAUAGGCUCACCCGGUUAGAGAAGGAUGGAUGGACAUGUCUUGGAACAACACCUACAGCAAAUGUGUACAGGCUGUUCCAGGAUUUUGAGAAUGACUACUCACCUCAGGAGUACAAGAUCUCCAGUGGUCUCAUCUCUAUGCAGUUCUUUGGUCAUCCUUGUGAUCGGCCUAAGGACAUACGUGCUCGCUCCUUUCUUCUUGAAUGGGCAACUCAGGAUCGCAAAGUUCCAUCAAAGUACAAGGAUAAAUCUCGACCUGUUUUCCGUGUUGAGUAUCAAUGUCUUGGAAGUUGCAAUGCUGAAGCACCUCCUGCAGAAUCAGAUGAGGAUGUGAGUGAAGAAGAGGAGGAGGAGGAGGAGGAUGAGAGCAAUUCAGAGGAUGAGAGUGAGAAUAAUCAAGAGGAAAGUAAAGGUGUGGAUAAGCAGCUCAGAGGAAAGUGUGUCAGGAAGAAGCAAAGUCCAAAGGCAAGCAGCUGCCCUAGAAAGGUCAAGAUUCAUGUUGAGGUCAUGACAAAUGAUCUUUCAAAUGCUAUGGUCUGGCAACAAACAUCUUAG